AUGGAGUCAGGAGAAGGAGAUGGUGCUGGUGCUACUGCUGCAGCAACAACAGCAGAAGAGAGAGCAAAGAUUCUGAAGAGGAAUUCCGAUGAUAUGGGUUGGGCUUACGGCCAGCUUGUUGAUCCUAACAAUCUUCAGAGAGUGAUGUGCAAUUUCUGCAGUCAGAUUUUCACGGGAGGUAUUUACCGGCUGAAGCAACACAUUGCGGCAAACUCAAAUGCGGUGAGGACCUGCCUGCGGUGCCCACAAGAAGCUAAAGAAGCUUGCUUAAAAGCUUUUGAAGAAAAGGCAUCAAAGAAGCAAAAAAAGUAUGAGCACGAGAAGGUUGUGAGAGAUGCUGUUGUUAUUGAUGCAUCAUCUACUCCUCAAGGUCAAGCUCGAGAUGAUGAUGAACUCACUUGUAUUGGUAGCUCACAACCUCAUGUGUUAGGUCCUAUAGAUAAGUGGACACGUACAAUUGACCCCAAGUUAUCCGGAGAAGCAAGACUCAAGCAAAUGAAGAUUAACAAGGCAGCAUGGGAGGAGAGAUCACUUCGAGCACAUGAAUACAUUGCAAGAUGGGUGUAUACACAUGCAAUACCGUUCAAUGCAAUUGGCAAUGAUGAGUUUAGGCAGAUGGUUCAUGCCAUUGGUCAAUUCGGUGCAGAUCUAGAUCCACCUAGUCAAUAUGAUCUUCGGGAGACUUUGCUGAAGUCUGAGUAUGCAAGAACCAAGAGUGAACUCAAGGACCGAGAGGUUGAGAAAGGCAAGCAUGGUUGCUCUCUCAUGACUGAUGCUUGGACUGACAUGAAGAGGAGAAGCAUUAUGAAUCUGGUCACACAUUGCUCGAAAGGUGUUAGCUUCAUCAAGUCAAAGGAAACAUCAGACACACCACAUACAAGUGAGAUGAUCUUCAAUCUAGUUGACAAAACAAUUGAAGAAUUAGGUGUUGAACAUGUGGUGCAGGUUGUGACUGACAAUGCUUCGAACAACAUGGGAGCUAAGGAUCUCUUGAAAGUGAAGAGGCCGAAGAUAUUUUGGAGCUCGUGUGCGACUCACACUGUCAAUUUGAUGCUCCAAGGGAUUGGCAACUUAGCUAAGUUCAAGAAGAUAAUUGAUCAAGCCAAGGCUUUCACAAUAUUUGUGUAUGGGCACCAUCGCACCUUAGAGUGCAUGAGAUCAUUCACCAAGAAGAGAGAAAUCAUAAGGCCGGGAGUAACUAGAUUUGCUUCCCAAUUCCUCACUUUGCAAAGCCUUGCAGACAAGGCUGAUUCACUAAGAAAGAUGGUGGGUUCCUCUAAGUGGGAUAAGAUCAAAGAUGUGCACUCAAAGAAAGGAAAGGAUGCUACAGCCAUAAUUCUCAACAAGCCAUUCUGGAAGGGUGUGAAUCUUUGCAUCAAGGUGUUCGAGCCGUUGGUGAAGGUCCUCCGGUUGGUUGAUGGUGAUGCACGGCCCUCAAUGGGCUUUGUGUAUGGAGAGAUUGUGAAGGCAAAGAAAGAAAUCAAAGAGGCCUUUGGUAACAUCGAGGCGCGGUACAAAGAUGUGUUAGCUAUAGUUGAAAAGAAAAUGAAAGAUAGGCUUGAUGCCCCACUGCAGUUGACUGCAUAUUUGUUGAAUCCACACUAUAGCUAUGCAGAUGACAGCAUAUUUGAUUAUAUACAUACCAAGAGGAGAAAUAGACUUACAACAGAUCGCCUCAAUCAGCUUGUGUACAUCCAGUUCAACUCAAGGUUGUUAUCCAAGAAGAGAAAGAUCAAGCAGAGGAAGAACAUCGAUGUUCUCCUCACUACUGAUGCAUCUGAAGCACAAGGCUUCUUGUUUGAGGGGGGAGAUGAUCAUGCUUUCAUGGUGUUUCCAGAUGGAGAUGAGGGAGCAGAUGGCAUACCUUGGAGUGUGGUUGGAGAUGCUAUGGGAACCAGUGAACAACUUGAGCUUCGUCGAAGUGCAAGGGUUAGAGAUCUCCAUGAUGAAGAGUUUGAGUCAGACGAAGAAGAAGUAGAGGAGACAGAUUCAGAGGAGGAAGACAUAGAGUACGGGGAUGAUGAAGAUGAAGUGGUGACUGGGCGCACUUAUGUGGAUGCGGACUAA